UCACAACUGUGUUGUCAAGAACGACGUAGAGUACUGGGUACGAAAAUGCCUUCUCCCGAAGCCGCGAUCUUGUUGGUCAGCAACUGCAGUCGCAAGAGAUAAUCAAAAUGGCGCUGAUAACACACAUGCUGUCGAACAUGUCUCGAUUGUGGCGAUCAACGUUGAUAAUUUCACAAUGUCAUAGGUCUACCUGGAGGCUUUCGUUCGUUCAACAUUUAGCUUCUUCGCCAAUGCAACAUUUUCAGAAGAGAGGUCUUGCUUUGUCCAAAUUCAGCGAGAAAUCGUCUGCGUCAAGUCCAAAUUAUGACGUAACACCCAAAGAGGAAGAAGAUCUAAAACGCAAAGACAACAGCGAGACUUCAGAGAACAGAAAAAUCUUCAUUGGAAAUCUUUUGAGGGGAAGAAACUACACCACCGAAGAUAAGUUAUGCAAAUAUUUUUCGCAAUAUGGGGAAAUUGAGGCGUUGGAAUUCUUUCGUACUAAGUUUACCAAUUUGUCUCGAGGGUUUGCAUUUGUAACUUUCCGUGAUGUCAAAAGCGUUGAAAGAGUUCUGGCUGAAUCUCACUUCAUCGAUAACCGAAACGUGAAGAUAGAAGCUGCAUUGAACAAGCGGAAGAACGUUGCUAAUCACAAGAGAGACCUGACAGUGCUUGUGACUAACAUUAUGAAAGACAUCGACAGGGAAACAAUUGCAAGACAUUUCUCUCAAUUUGGAAGAGUAGACAGAGUGAUUUUGGCUAAGGAAGGUGAUAAUGAACUCAACAGUUAUUAUGUCUUAUUUUCAACCUUGUCUGGUGCCACAAACGCCCUGGAAGAACCAAACCAGCGGAUUGCUGAGCAGAACAUUGAUUCUCAAGUUGUGGCCCUAGAAAAGGUUUCCCCAGUGACAAUGAAGUAUACUGGAAGAACAAACUGCCUUACUAUUAGUUCAGUACCAGACAAUUUAACUGUCGAGGAUUUAAGAGAUUACUUCCAACAAUAUGGCGAUGUUCAGUCCGUUGACUUUAUUGUGCAAGGUGGUAAGAGAUCUUACUUGCAAAAAGAUUCCAAUACAGCUUUUGUUCGAUUCUUAGAUGAAGCCAUAGUUGGCAAAAUGUUAAAAACUAAGGAUCUUGUUAUAAAUGGCUCUGAGGUCCAAGUUUCAAGGUAUAGAAGCAUGCAUGUUCUUCCUCCUGAGGAGGCGAGAGAGCUGAGGCUUUCAGUAGAAGGGCUCCCUCAUGUCACAAGGCCUAAAGAAGUAAACAAAUACUUUGAAGAAACCUUCAGGAUAGUGUUAAAUGGAGUCUUCUUUACUAAGAAAAUGAUCUGUAUCGUCCGAUUUUCCAACCAAGCAGAUCUUGAAAAGGUUUUGAGGGAGCCCAAGGCAUCUUUUCAUGGAUUUCCAUUGUAUUUCCGUCGACUUGCUUGGAAGAAAUAAAUCUGGACAGGAUUAUUAUAUUGUUAAUAGCUUUCAAUCUUUCAUGCUUUACAGUGUUAAAUUUGAAAUUGCAAACAAAUACCACAUGACAGUACUGCUCAUGAAUUUAAUUUGGAAUGAAUGCUAACACACUAGAUCCUGAUGGUACAAAGUUCUAUCAUCAAAUUAUUUUUAUUUUAUUAUUAUUUAGACUAUGCCAGGAUUAAUUAUUUACCAAGGUUUUUAUUUAUGUUGCUUCAAGCCUUUUUCACACCAAUUCUAGAUCUAAGUCAUGAUAAGUCAAUUUAUUUGAAUUUACCUACAUUUUAUGUUGCUGACAGUCAGGAAAUAACACCAAGAGACUUCUGUUGUUGGUAACUUAUUUAAUACGAAAUGAACUUAAGCUGAUGCUAAUUUAUCAUUUAGCUCUUAUUAACCGAGCAGGAGGUCUGUAUAGGAGAUUCCUGACUGAGGUCGUGAGUACAGACUGAACAUGCACAGUGAGGUCUCUACACACAACUGAAGUCAAGAUUCUCCCAUACAAACUGAUUAAGCUCGGUUAAUAAGAUGUUUGUUAUGUGGCAAACAAGAACAAUUUAAUUUGUAUAAUGUAACUGUGAUAACUGUUUUGUAGGUAACUGACAUUUUUCUUGUGAACGGCGAUGAGCUGAACUUAAUUCUGCCAGAGUUUUCUCGUCCUGUUUACUUUUUUUCUCAUCAGGCCUUUUGUACUUCGAUAAAUAAGUAUUUUUAGAGGAAAGAGUCAAUAUUUUUGCAUUUUAGUUUGCAACUUUCUCACCGCAAAACAUUACUGGUCUAGAUGUUGGUCUAGAUGGG